UCCGUUGAAAUCCCUCUGCCACUCUUUUCCCUAUCGACGAACCCUAAGCGUCCGCCGCGCGCCCCAGAUCUGCGUGGCCUUCUCCCUUUCACCGGGCGGGUGGGCUCCUCGCCCCGCGCGCCAGGCAGGCGGGCAGGCACGCAGCGCCGCGCCGCGCGGGCACGCCGUGCGUGCGUGGGGUCCUCGCGCCACGCGGGGAGCCAGGCACAAGCGGUGGAUCCGCCCCGAGCUGGGGCUGGUCGCGCCCUCGCCCCGGCCGCCGUGCGAGCUGCCAUCCUCUACUUCUUUGAGGAUGGACGAAAAUAGUCAGUUCAAUCUAGAAAUUCGGAUUGUUGAUUCCAAAAGUCGUGGUAGGUGGUACUGUUUGGACAAAGUCGUAGAUGCUGACUUCACCAAUUUCAGAGAUUUGAUUAAUGAAAUUGUUGACAAGUUUCCUCCCUAUUAUGGAGACUUAGUGAAACUAUUUUACACAUGCAUGGAUACAAAGGGCCACAUCCCAGUUUGCUGUGACCAAGAUUUGGUUGAAAUGUUUGGAAAACAUAAAGGAAGAUGGAAAUUUGGGACCCACAGAGCUGAGAAAGAAGCUGAAGGAAACUCACAAAGUUGACAUCACCUACAGGAAAGUGUACCUAGGUAAACUUCUUGCUAUGGAUAAAAUUUAUGGCCCUUGGAACAAAAGUUUUGACAACCUUUAUAGAUUUAAGGCUCAGAUAGAGAAAAGCAGUCCUGGAUCUUUUGUUGUAAUUGAUCACCAAACCAUCGACAACAAAACAAGAUUCAAUAGGCUCUUUUUUGCUUUGAAACCCUGUGUUGAUGGUUUCCUAAGAGGUUGUAGGCCAUAUCUUGUUGUAGAUAGUACAUUUUUGAAUGGAAGGUUCAAAGGCCAGUUGUGCGUAGCUUGUGCAGUUGAUGGGCAUAACUGGAUGUACCCAGUAGCUAUUAGUGUCAUUGACUCAGAAACGAAUGAAAAUUGGGUAUGGUUCAUGGAGAGGUUGAAGGAAGCUAUAGGCACCCCUGUUGGCCUAACAUUCAGCACUAAUUGUGGGCAGGCAGUGAUGAAUGGGGUCAGUGAGGUUUUUCCACAAGCUGAACAUAGAGAGUGUAUGUACCACCUAGUUCAGAAUUUCAAGAAGAGGUACAGUGGUGAGAUUUUUUAUAAACAUUUGUGGCAAUCUGCAUAUUCUUGGAACCCUUACAUGUUUGAGAAACAUUAUCAAGCAAUGGCUGCACACAAUCCAGAGUCAAUGAAAUAUCUUCAGGAAACUCACAAGAAACUGUGGACCAGGAGCCAGUUUUCCACCCUGUCAAAGGUGGAUUAUAUUACCAAUAACUUGGCUGAGGCCUUCAACAAAUGGGUAAAGGAGCACAAGAGCAAGCACCUGGAUGACCUGAUGGAUACAAUUAGACAGAUGAUCUUGAUUAAAUGGAAUCAAAGGAAAAGGAUUGUCCAAAAAUUUGAAGGCAAGAUUUUGCCUCAUAUAGUCCAAAAGUUGAGGGACGACAGUUACAACCUUGACAUUGAAGUGAUUACAAGCUCACCUGAUGGCAUUGCUGAAAUUUGUGCUAAGGAGCGUGAGGCCACUGCAUACAGGUUUGUAGUCAACUUAGUUGAGAGGACAUGCAUCUGCAGAGCUUGGCAAGGGUCAGGAAUACCAUGCAAAUAUGCCAUUGCCUACAUCACAUCAAUUUCUGGGGCUCACUUAGAAGGCUAUAUCGAUGAGUAUUACUCAGUUGAGAAAUUCAGAGUUGCAUAUGAAGGUUCUAUCCCUAGUAUUCUAGACAAGUCCAUGUGGCCCAAAGCCGCACAUGGCUUCUUCAUGCAUCCUCCAAUGCUCAAGUCAACUGCUAGAGGAAGGAGAAAGAAUAGGAUGAAGUCAGCUUUGGAGGGAGGUAGUACCAGCAAGAAGAGAACGAAGUGCCCAAUAUGCCAUGACUUUGGGCACCACUGGUACAAAUGUAAGAAUGGGAACCCAGAAGAUAUAGCUGCAAUGGAGGCUGUGAGGGGUCCACCAAAGAAAAAGCUCAAGAAAGCAACUACUUGUAACACAGAGAGUAUUGUUGUGCCCACUCCUGCUUCAGGGAUGGUCUUCCCACACAAUGAGGCAGUGGCCAAUGCUACCCACAAGACAAGGAAGAGAAAAUCAUCUACAAAAACAGGUGUCACAAAAAAAAGGGGCCAGCAACCACUACUUCAACAAGUACUGCCGAUACUAGGUCUACCAGGUGUGGGCUUAAUCUGUUCUUGCUUUUCACUACUUUGUCCUUUACAAUCACCUCACCGAUACAUGUUUCUUACUUUGUAUACAAAAUCCGGAACUAGAUCCAAUGACCCUCUUCCUGUCCAAGUGGUGUACCCUGCACCUCUUCUUCGUGACAUUGGGUGCCCUGAAGUCAUAGAACAGACAGUGCAUACACCAAGGAAGAAAUGUGCCGUCAAGAAAAAGCUUACACCAAGGAGGGCUCCAGUUGUAGUACCCAGCCCAUCCAGUCCAGCUUCAAAUACCAGAAGCAAGAAGCAACUUCAGCUUGAAUAAAGUGUGAUUCCUCAGUGUUAUUUUGAGAGUACUUUUAUAAGUUUCUUUUGGCAUGCACAGUGCUUAUGGUCUGGAGGAACUAUUUCUUUUGUUAUGAUGUCUCAUGCCAUGGUCAUGUUCUUUAAGACACUUCUGGCUUGCAUACCUAGUACUUAUGUUAGUGACAUGUUGGUUGGCUUGUAUACCUAGUACUUAUGUUAGUGACAUGUUGGUGAAAUGAACAAGUAUUUGGUAUGGCCUUAUUGCUGUUAUAUUUGAAACUCUUAAAAAAAUAGCACAA